AACGGAAAGGGCUUGUCGUUGGUUAAAGCAACAUGGUGUCACCCUUUAGGCAAUGUGAAUAUAAACAAGUGGCUCAUUCUGUAACUGUAUUUGGUAUUUUAUUGUCUGAAGUCCAACAGUUUCGGGUUUAGCAACCUCAUGGCUCUCAGGGUGUGUGGACGUCUGCUCAGAAACGGAGCCGUCCUCUCCGGGCGGCUGGUCGGGUCUGCUCGGCAGGAAAGUGCGUCAUGCCUUCUCGCUGCGGGAAAUGCUGCUUGCAGCCAAGGAGGGAGGCACGGAUUCAUCUUCACUCCCGCCUGUUUUAUUACAUCCGAAGCAUUUCUCAGCGAACUGAUGAAAGGCAAAGCAGCAGAGACGGACAGUAGCAUUUAUCACCUUCCAGCCUCAGUUCCUCCAGACAGCAGUGAACAGGUUUCUUUGUUGCUGAAACAUCCUGAUCAGCCUCCUGACUCAAAGUUGUUGAAAGUGGCUAUAAUUGGAGCUCCAAAUGCGGGGAAGUCCACGCUGUCCAAUCAGCUCCUUGGCAGAAAGGUGUUUGCUGUGUCCAAGAAAGUUCAUACAACUCGGUCACGUGCGCUGGGCGUCCUCACAGAGACUGACACACAAAUUAUUUUGCUGGAUACCCCUGGUCUCACCACACCAUCAAAGGCCAAACGACACCAACUGGAGAAAUCAUUGCUUGUGGAUCCCUGGAACACUGUCCAAGACGCUGACCUGGUGGUUGUCAUGGUGGACGUAUCAGACAGAUGGAUGCGCUCAAGGUUGGAUUUUGAGGUGCUGAAAUGCCUGGCCCAGCAUCCGCAGAUCCCAGCCAUCCUAGUCCUCAACAAGGUGGACCUGGUGAAGGCCAAGGACACACUGCUGGACAUCACAGCACAGCUGACAUGUGGGGUGGUGAACGGGCGCAAAGUGCGGGUCAGGCCAGUGAUCAAGCCGCCAUGGGCUCAGAAGAAACCCGAGAGAACUCCUGAGUUAUCUCCUGAUGAGGACACUGCAGCAUAUGAGGAUGGUGCAAAGCCAAAAUCUGUGCUAAGCAGAGAGAAACUGAAGGAGCUGAGGAGUCAGCAAGGCUGGCCUCACUUUAAGGACGUCUUCAUGCUGUCGUCUGUGGACAGAGAGGACGUGGAGACGCUGAAGAACUACUUUCUAGUUGCAGCGAAGCCAGGAUCCUGGAUGUACCACAGUGAGGUCCUGACAGACCAGAGUCCAGAGGAAGUCUGCACCAACAUCAUCAGAGAAAAGCUGCUGGAGUAUCUGCCACAGGAAGUGCCCUACUCAAUGACUCAGUCUAUUGAACUCUGGCAAGAAGGAGAAAAUGGGGAGCUGGAUAUUUCUGUGAAACUGUACACCAAGAAAGAAACUCACAUGAGGAUGGUGAUCGGCACAGCUGGCCAGAUGGUGGCGCGGAUCGCCCGAGAGGCAGCGGAGGAUCUCAGCAGGGUCUACCUGAGGAACGUAAGGCUGAAGCUCUCUGCUAAGAUGGAGAAGUGACGAAGACUGAUGAAUCCUGUAAAACCAGGGCCAAUUCUGCCUGAUCUGUUGUGACUCUUUUCUCUUCAAAAGACAGAGCUUCAGUUAAAGAGGUUAGGAUCUCAUCAUGAGUCUGACAUGGAGCCGGAAGGCAGCAUAUGCUCUGUCUCCUGUCCAAGAACUGCCAAUGACCAGGCUCCUGUCUGAGGAAAGGACAAUUUUCUGUUUUAUUUCUGGUUCUGGAACCACUUUUUAACCUGUUUACAUGAAUAUGUUACUGCAUUUAGAGUGAGGGGUGCCCAAACUUCAUACACACAACAGACGUAUCUAAAUGUUGCAGCAGAAUAAACCCAGCUGAAGCAUUGGCAUAUUUUCGAGCUCUGAUACCUUUUUGGUAACAAACAUGACACGGCGGCUCAUCAAAUGGAUGUUUUGACACGACUUUGACAGCUCCUUCAUGGCUGAGCGGGUUUGGCAGGCUGUGAAAAGGCCAACGUUUUAUCUUUGGCACUCAGGGCUUUUUUUCCCUUGGCGGGCACAAAAAUGCAGUGUAGAUAAACUGAAGACGAGAGCUGCACCGUCAUGUUCACUCACAUGUCCCUGAUAUACCGUCCAACCCAGUUCCCUCCACCUUCAUCACGUUAGUCUUCUCUGCUGCCUUUUGAAGUGUAGCCAUCCAUUUCUGCGACCAUCACUUUUUGUUCUGCAGCUUUCCUCUUUCUUGUUUUUUUCUCCCUCCCUCCAUCGCUCACUCGCUCUGCUCUUUUGGCCCAGCUCUGCCUCGGAGGGCUACAUUGUCUCCCUAAUGGAUGGCAAAGUGGAGCACUAACCUGAUGCUAAAAUGGGUCAGAUAAUGGGGAUUAGAUUCAUUCCUGCUGCCUGUGGGUUAACUCAGCAGUUCAGGCCAUCUUCAUGAAUAACCAGCUAGUGCCCUGAAGUCAGGGAGGGAGGGAGUUACUCUCAGAAGCUGUCAGUCCCUGAAGCUCUGCAGAUUUAGGGACUGACGCAGCUGUAACCCACUGAUUCGACAGAGCAAAGAUUGCUGCCUUAGACAAGCCAAAUGCAGUUUAAAACCAGGAAAAUCAUUUAGAUCCUUGGAGUAAUGUUUUAAACUCAGAUUCUCCAAAUAAAGAGGCACUCAUGUAAGGGAGACAUCCAUCAUCUUUAUUUGACAUUAUUUCUUUGAAUUUAACAACACAACACACGAGUGUGUCCUUUCCUUCGAUGACAUUGAGUGAAGGCCGUAGAACCCUUACCAUUACUAAAACUCAGUAAUGGUAACGGUUUAACUGCCCCCCUCGGUUGUGUGUUCGGCCCUCCAAACAUUACAGCCUACGUCUUCUCUGGCUCCAGCGGAGGUGGAAUGAUACCCUGGAUAGUACAUCAUCUAUACUGUAGUGUCUCUUUAAAAAACUUACAGUAUAAGAUGAUAUCCUGUCCAGGGCACAAGACAGAACCAUCAUGCAGCUAGUCCCCAGAUUGUUUGGAAUCUGCAACAAAAAUUGAGAUAAAAAUGAUUUAAAACUAUAAAUAAAUUAUGGUUAAUAACCUUUAA